CAUGAUAUGAUAUAAAUAUCCUUUUAAUACCUUUCAACAGGAGUGGUCUGCUGAAAAAAAUUAUCCGAUUGACUUAGCAAGUAGAAAUAAUAUUUAUAUGGUUACUAGUACUUUUGAACGUGCAUAUCUAAUUUUUUACAACGAAGUUUAUUUCAAAACAAGUUGAUUGAAAGGUGUCAUACAAUUGCAUAAGUAACUAUUCCGUGAAGAAUAUUAUAUGUUAUUUUUUGGAACAAAUAAACUUAAAAAAACUCUGCUACCUAAAAUACUAAAGUACACUUAGAACUCAGUCGUCGAGGAAAUAAAAGGAAACCUAAGCUUCAUAAUGCAGGUGUUGAAAUACAAAAGUCAGAACCCUUUUCAACUGCAUUUGAAUAAUACGCAAUUCAAGAAGGGGAUGACAUUAUUGCAAAGUGCAAUCGCUCUGUAUUUCUUUGUAAAUAGAGAGAGAAUUAAAAAAAUAAAAGUGCGGUCUCUUAAUGCAGAAUCCUAUAUUCAACGUUAUUAUUUAUACUUCAGUUGUUUCUUUCACCUUUUUGAUAUCUCUUGUCGGCGUGAGCACAAAGCUCUGUGUCAAACACAAUGACCCCUCAGAGGGUCAUCAUGGACGAUCGGCGAGGUACCCGAGAAUAGAGGGUCGGGGUUCUAGCCCUGACAAGGGGAAAAAAAGUAGAUCAAUCGAUUUCAAACAAACGUAAAAGAAUAGAACAAAUAUCCGGAUAAACGAAUCGUGAAUGCUAACGGGUGCAUGUUGAUGUAAUCCAUGUAAGAAACAGGGGGUUUCUGUGUCAAUGUGAUACCGAGUUCUCCUAUCUGUACACCUCUUCGUGGGGUGACUCAGAGUGUAUGUGGAUUUACCAUCCAACUUAAAAUAGAUAGAACUUAACCGUAAGUACCUGCGAUUUUGUGUUCAGAUGUGACUGAAGUUUGCAAGCAUCGACUUCGGUUUCUGCAAAGGUAAAUUGAUGAAUGGGAUAAAUUUCGUAUACCUGUGUUGUCCUGAAUAUCAAGAUGGAAACACAUAUGCAGUAUUGGAGACUUUUCAACGGCAAAAACCGAGAAAAUGAUCCAGUGCAAACCUGCUCUGACUUAGACUUCUGGUCAUGGUUGCAAAAUCAACCAGAGAUAGAAAAAACUCAUACAGAAAGAGUUCAACCAGGAAACAAUGAAAAAGAAGAACCUGUCUUUCCUUUUGACGGCAUCGAUUCCUCUACAACUCUAACUGACAUAAUGGACUGCAUAAACAAAGACAAUAAGCACAAGGAAACAAAAGAUUCUGCUAUCAUAGAUAACAAUCAGAUACGGACCGAGGAUGACCUUCGCUACAUUGCAACAAUACUAUCCGGAGGUGGACAUGUUCAGUUGUGGCAGUUUUUGCUAGAAUUGCUAAUUGACAGUUCUAAUACAAACUGUAUACGUUGGGAGGACUUAAAUGGGGAGUUCCGAAUAGUCAAUCCGGAAGAAGUUGCCAGAAAAUGGGGACGUCGUAAAAACAAACCAAACAUGAACUAUGACAAACUCAGUCGAGCCUUGAGAUAUUACUACGACAAAAUGAUACUGCACAAGGUUCAAGGAAAAAGAUACACUUAUAAAUUCAAUUUCAAAAUCAUGGUGCAGAACCUGAGAAACGUUUCUUCCAGGUCUUCAGAGGAGGAUGUCCUACCAUAUUGUUCCACAAACUGCUCCUGGUCGUCUGCUUCUUUCUUUAGCGGCCCACAGGUCGAUGGACAAUGUAUGUACAGUGAUUCUGCUUCCAGUAGGUAUUGUGGUGAAGUCGAAUCUAGCGAAACUCGAUCUCAAGAUCCGAUCUCUUUUCCUUGCUCUCUUCACUCCUCGUCAUAUAAAUAGAGAUAAUGUUUUCAUCUUUUUUUUAUAGAAUUUGUUUUUAUGUACACCUGUUUUAUAGCUUAUUCUACAAAGCUAUGUAUGUCUUAAAGUUUAUUCUUGUAUGUAGUUAUUGUCACUUAUUAUAAUUCUCAUUGCUUGAAUAUGUGCAUGUAAGCAAAUCGCGUAUAUCAAAAUAUUUUGAGAAAAAAAGGGGUUUUUAACACAUAUAUGUCCAUUUUAUAGAUUUUAGUAUUCAUGAUCCAUUACUGAAAAGAGAAAUAAACAUAUGAUAAACUUAUAAUUAUAUUCACAGUAUAUUUUUCAGAAUUCUGUGUUGAAAACACAUUACAUCCAUAUAUCAAAAGAAAGAUAACUGC